CUAAUAUGCAGCAACAGUGAAUUGAUGUAACGUAUAUUUACAUUGGAGGGUAAUGUUUUUUCCUGUUUUUAUAUCAAAAUGACCUAGCUAAUAACUUGAUAAACACCAUUAAUCUGUAACCCAGUAAUUCUUAUGAUGUAUCUUUGUCUCAUAUAUUAGUGGGGAGGAAAAAAUUUAAUGAUUUUUUAAUACAUACCAAACAGCUGGUGUAAUUUACAUACCAGCCAUUUUAAGUAUUCUGUAUCUGAAUCAAGUUCUUUUGGGAACAGUUCUUUGGAAAGAGAUGUUAACAUUUCAUGAAGAAACAGCCUUUGGUAAUAAAGUAAGAGGAAAGAUUUAAAACCCAACUUUGUGUCUUCUUGUGUUACCCAUUGCAACUAAAAUUUGAUACCCACAUGCUUCAUUCCUGAAGUAGGCAAAAGUUAUUUUACCAUUUUCUAAGUCAUGCUUGAAAUUGCCUUCUGAAGAAAGGCGUCAUGUUUCCAGCUCUGUGUUGAUGCUGGGUAGGUGGCAGCAGUGCUCUCUUGUGGGUGAUCAGAAGACAAAGAAACACAGAUGUAGAGAAGCUUUAUAUUCAGCAUUACAAAGCUGAGCAGAAAGAAUCGGGAGAAAUAAUUUCUACGAGUACCUUUUUUAAGACUUCUUUAAGGUCUUACUGAGUGUCUAGUAACCCCAGGUCUGUUUUCAACACUUAAUUGUUUUAUACACAUCUAGCUUCAUAGAUCCAGACCAAGUAUAACUGUGAAUAUUAAAAUGUGUCAGAAAUGUCUUACAUUAUCUAUUUUAAGGCAAACAGUAUGCCUUCCACAUGAAAAUACUUUAAGUACUGAUGAUGUGUUGGUUGUAUCCAGUUGUCACAUUGCUGUAGAUUUCUCUCCUGUAAGGGAUUUGUUGAUACCAUAUUUUGCCCUAUUGAUUUUUACAGGUUCAAUUCUUUUUGAAGCACUUAAUGUUGCUAACUACUUCAGCCAAAACCUCUCUUAUGACCGUUCUUGGUCAGCAUCUUCCAGUGAAUCAGCAGUCUGGGAUUAGACUGAUCACUGCACCUCAUUCAGUUUGUCCUUAGGCAUUUGCCCAUUGUCAUAUAAGGUAACUCUCCCUUUCUUUUGACGCAACAAAGACUUAGAAAUUUGCUGCAGUAGUGCAUGUGCCUUGCACAGGGUGGAGAAAGAUAAUCACAGAACCAGAGAAUGGCUUGAGCUGGAAGGGACUUUAAAGAUCAUCUAGUUCCAACCCCCCUGCCGUGGGCAUAAUGUAUUCCUCCUUUCAAGUUUUGGUCUCUGAGUGACAGAUGGUGGGAUCUUUUAUUUAAUGCUUGAGUCAGCUCACUGACACACUCCACUUUCAAUUAAUCCCUUCUUUUUUUCAAUGAUGCAUAGCUGUAAUUGAUUAUAAUAAUCUGCUGAGGCAGAAAGAGCAAAAGUUGGAUAAAUAAAGUGAGAAUUUGAGGACUCUUAUUAUCUCACUUCUUACAUCUCCUUGGAAGCUUAACAUUUACUGGGAAUUGUAAGACACAUGCCUUGCUUUAGCAUAAUAGUAACUGCUUUUAUCUCUUCAAAAAAAAAAGCAUUAGAAAGUAGCAGCCUGGCCCAAUAGUCUGAGGUAGAACAGGUUUUUAUGUAGAUGGCAUAAAAUCCAAAAAAUUUUCAUUGUUAAAACACAUCAUAAACUGCUUAUGAAACAAGAUACAUCUAUUUAUGUUGGGUUUUUUCCCAUAAAUAAAACCUUAAAAUAUAUUUUUCUUCCAUAUGAAAAAUUAAACUCACUAGGCAAUCGAGAUGUAUGUACACACAAUACUAAUUUUAACUGCUUGGAUGGUGUGUCCAUUGAAAACUGGUAAAUGCUGCUGAAGUGACAAGACCUUAGCCCAAUUAUUUUUGAAUGGCAUGUGAAUGCUGCAGGCAGGGAUGCCAUUAGUAAAGGGCAUUUGCUGUCGGGGGGGAAAAAAAAAAAAAAAAGAAAAAAGAAAAAAGAAAUAUCCCAUGCCCAGGAGAGUCCCCAGCAUCAGCCAAUGGGAAAUUACCAUACAUCAUGACACCAGCUCUGCGGAUUUAUAUCUUUUAGGGUGACACACUAUUGGCUGCUAGUAUGGCUCUAUGGGAGGGAUCGCUGCCACUGUCUGUGGCUUCCUCUUCAGGUCCUUAUUUGGUAGCUGUUGAUAGAGCAAGUCUUUGAGCAGCUGAGCAUCUUGACAUACAUUAUUCAUUAAAUCCUGGUGUUCAGGAAAUAUGCAUAUCCCUAGCUCUUCAGAAAUUUCUUCAGCUCGUACAAUAUGUGUCUUCAACGUUGCUUCUGAAUGCUUGGAGUUUCACAAAUGGCAUUUAUUCAAUCGGAAGACCACACGGUUGGAUUUCAUUUCAGUAUGCCUUCUGAGCACACAGUUGCUGAGAACCUGAAGACCAGCAAAAAGAAUUAGGAGAGGAAAGAAGUAAUCUUUAUUCUUGGAAGUCUUUUGCAGUGUCAGAUAGCAAAGAACUGAUUAGCUUAGAUUGGUAGUAUAGAAAAAAUCAAAAAUGCCUGAGGCAAACUAUUUACUCUCAGUUUCUUGGGGCUACAUAAAGUUUAAAAGAAUGCUCAACCGUGAGCUGACCCAUCUCUCUGAAAUGAGCCGGUCAGGCAAUCAGGUCUCAGAAUAUAUAUCAAACACUUUCUUAGACAAGCAACACGAAGUUGAAAUCCCGUCUCCAACACAGAAAGAGAAAGAGAAAAAGAAGAGGCCAAUGUCCCAGAUCAGUGGAGUCAAAAAACUCAUGCACAGCUCCAGCCUAACUAAUUCCAGUAUUCCCAGGUUUGGAGUUAAAACAGACCAAGAAGAUGUCCUUGCCAAGGAACUUGAAGAUUUGAACAAGUGGGGUCUUCAGGUCUUCAGAGUAGCAGAGUUAUCUGGAAACCGACCUCUGACUGUCAUCAUGCACACUAUUUUUCAGGAGCGGGACUUGUUAAAAACUUUUAAGAUUCCAGUAGAUACUUUAAUAACUUACUUGAUGACCCUGGAAGACCAUUACCAUGCAGAUGUGGCAUACCACAAUAACAUACAUGCUGCAGAUGUUGUUCAAUCUACCCAUGUCCUACUAUCAACCCCAGCAUUAGAGGCGGUAUUCACUGAUUUGGAGAUUCUUGCAGCAAUUUUUGCCAGUGCAAUACAUGAUGUAGAUCAUCCUGGGGUUUCAAACCAGUUUCUUAUCAACACAAAUUCUGAACUCGCCUUGAUGUACAAUGACUCAUCAGUACUGGAGAAUCAUCACUUAGCUGUGGGUUUCAAGCUGCUACAGGAAGAAAAUUGUGACAUUUUCCAAAAUUUGACCAAAAAACAGAGACAAUCAUUGAGGAAAAUGGUCAUUGACAUUGUACUUGCAACAGAUAUGUCUAAGCAUAUGAAUCUACUGGCUGAUUUAAAAACUAUGGUUGAAACUAAAAAAGUGACCAGUUCUGGUGUCCUGCUUCUUGAUAACUAUUCAGACAGGAUUCAGGUUCUUCAGAACAUGGUGCACUGUGCAGAUCUGAGCAACCCUACCAAGCCACUCCAUCUCUACCGCCAAUGGACAGACAGAAUAAUGGAGGAAUUUUUCCGUCAGGGAGACCGGGAAAGAGAGAGGGGAAUGGAGAUAAGCCCCAUGUGUGAUAAGCACAAUGCAUCUGUAGAAAAGUCACAGGUGGGUUUUAUAGAUUACAUUGUUCAUCCUCUGUGGGAGACAUGGGCAGAUCUCGUUCAUCCAGAUGCCCAGGAUAUCUUAGAUACACUGGAGGACAAUCGAGAAUGGUACCAGAGCACAAUCCCUCGAAGUCCCUCUCCUGCACCUGAAGAAAAGGAAGUGGGAAAGCAGGGUCAAACUGAAAAAUUCCAGUUUGAGCUAACACUGGAGGAAGAUGGGGAGUCAGACACCGAAAAAGACAGUGGAAGUCAAGUGGAAGAAGACGCCAGCUUCAGUGACUCCAAGACUCUUUGUACCCAGGAUUCAGAAUCCACUGAAAUUCCUCUAGAUGAGCAAGUAGGGGAAGUGGAAGAGGAGGAUAACCAAGCAGCAGAGCCUUGUGUGGUAGAAGAACAUUCUCCUGACACAUAACAAUGAAAACACAGUCUCUUUCUCUCUUGCUCUCUCUCUUUCUUUUCCUCUUCUCUGUUUUGUUUUGUUUUGGUUUGGUUUGUUUUUUUUGU